UUCAUUAGGCAGGAGCUCCAGCCCUGGAGCGAUACAUAGUUGCACGCCCUCGGGCCUGCCCUUGGGUUGGCCCGUACGUGGCAGCAUAUAUACACCUGUCAGCGGCAGCCCAAGUCACCAGACAACAGCGAACAAGCCUAGCUAAGCCCUCUCUCUCUCUCCCUAUCGACGGCCGGCCACGUGCUCCCUUCCUCCUCGCCGCCGGUCGUUUAGCUUAGCUACGCACCACGGCGUACAUGCAGUGGAGCAAGGAGCUUGGAUCAUGGCGUCGGCGAAGCACGGCAACACUGGGGGGCGCAAACCCUCGGUGUGGAAGGACUUCGACCGCGUCAUCGUGUUCGUGCCCGGCGGCACCGGCGCGGGUGCCAUGGCGGUGUGCAAGAGGUGCGGCACCACCCUCCAAGCCAGCGCAAAGAAACACGGGACCUCGCACCUCCGGCGGCACGCCAAAAGCCCCUGCUGCGCGAAGCGGGCCGCAGCGGCGGCGGCCCCUGCUGCCGGCGGCGACAGCGAUGGAGGGUUCACGAACUGGCUGGAGGGUGUUCUUCUGGUUGAGCCUCAGCUCGACUUCGCCGACCACCUCGUCAUUGCAGGAGGGGACGAGCUUGUGGAUGCCGUCGCCGAACGGGCCGUGGCGGCCCCCCCUGCUGCCGACGACGACAGCGACGGGGGGUUCGCGAACUGGCUGGAGGGUGUUCUGGUUGAGCCUCAGCUCGACUUCGCCGACCGCCUCAUCAUCGCAGGAGGGGACGAGCUAGUGGAUGAAGUCGCCGAUGUGCCGGCCGCCGGAGAUCAUGGACGCGUUUCCCCCAACUUCAUUCCAGAUGCGCUGCCCCAGGCACCGGCUUCGUCGUCCACGCGCUUCUUCCAGAAGAAAAAAAAGAGGUCUGCAAGUCUGCCUUCGCAGGAAGGAGGAACAAAGGACAACGACAAUUCUUCUCGUGCCAAGGACUGGGCGCCGACGGUCGACAAUUCCACGUUCGACGACAUGGAUUUUACUGCUUCUGGGGAUUGGGAAUGAUCCUACACAAUUGUAUAUCGAUGGGUUCACCUAGAAUACUUUGUUCAAUCAGUUUAACUUCGGUUUAUUCUUCACUCGGCACACUUAGAUCGGUACGUAGGGUGCACUAGAAGAGAGAUGAUCACCCUCUUUUGUUUCCAAGGGUGCAAAGUUGACCUCGUCUGUGUUUGAGCACGGAGCGUGCAUUUUUCAUUGUGAAAACUCUUUUAUCCUGAUUCUUUCUCUCUGUUAAUAUUCUUUGCAACUUGCAUCUC